CCCGGCGGGAGGGGAGCGGCCCCGGCCUCGCCCGCACCCCCGGGAGCCCGGUGGCCCCGCCGGCGACCCGCCUCCCUCCCGCCUUUCGCCCCGCCGGGCGCGGCCCCGCGCCCGCCCCCAUCUUAGUCCCGGCCCCGCCGCCAUUUGAGGCGCGAACCCGCCGCCCUGAGGCGAGGGGCCCGUCCCGCGCCGAGCCAGCGGCGACUGACUCACGCUGCGGCCGGCGCUGAGGCGGGGCCGGGCCCGCGGCGAUCCCGGGCCCGCUCCCCGCCGCCUCCGGAGCCUGCAGCCUGAUCUCGGGGCCGCCUCCGCCGCGCUCCCGCCCGCCCUUCCCGCUCCGGCCUCCGCGCGGGCCGCCGCCGGCUCGGCGGGAGCUCCGGGGAUCUCGCGGUUUAUGGCCUUCACGAGCCCGUCUCCACGAGAGAUGUGCCGGGGAAAGCCGCCGGAGAGGAGUAACGGGCGCUGCUGUCCCGUGGGCCCAUCCGCGGGGAAAAGGCCGAGCCGCCUUAACGGGGAUGAAGCUCGUUAUCGGGGUGCUGCGGGCUCUCCCCUCCCACUCGGGAAAAGCGAGGAGGAUGAAAACCUCAAGCUGAUGUAUUCGCUGCGUUUGGAAGCUGUCCAGCCACCAGCUUCUUAGCUGCUCUGCCUGCUGAGACUGAAGCGUCUAGGAUUUUUGACUGUUCAAAAUGAAUGAACAUCCUAAAAAGAGGAAAAGGAAGACUCUACACCCCUCUCGAUAUUCAGAUUCUUCAGGUGCAAGCAAAUACAUAGACAACAGUGGAAUUUUUUCGGACCACUGCUAUAGCGUCUGUUCUAUGAAACAGCCAGAUACAAAGUUUUCUGAAAACAGAGGUAGAUUCCACAGUGCUGUGCAGAGCCUAGACACAGACGAUGAUGGGAGUCCAGUGCAUGCUGGGACCUCUCACUGGAGCGGGUCCCAUUCAAACGUUGUGGGCUUGCACUAUACGGACGCUAAAAGGAAGGAUAAAGGUAAAGAUAAAGGUACUAAUAAUGGAAUGUGCAGAGACUUAUGUGAUUCACCUAUAUUCAGUGACAGCCCUACAGAAGAGGAGAAACCUCUUGAUAUUCAAACUGUAGAAAUUUCUACAACAGAAGUGAAUGCUGUAGAAGUUCACGAUAUAGAAACACAAACUGUGUCGCCCGAGAAGCUAGAAGCUGAGGACCUAGAGGAAAUCCCUCUGGAAACCUGUAAAAUCUUUGAGAAGAACCAGGCUUUGAAUAUCACGGCUCAACAGAAAUGGCCUUUGCUGAGAGCCAACAGCAGUGGCUUAUACAAGUGUGAGCUCUGUGAGUUUAAUAGCAAGUACUUUUCUGAUUUAAAGCAGCACAUGAUCCUGAAGCAUAAGACGUGUACAGACACUCACGUCUGUAAAGUUUGCAAAGAAAGCUUCUCCAGCAAAGUGCAGCUCAUCGAACACGUAAAACUACAUGAGGAGGAUCCGUACAUCUGUAAAUACUGCGAUUACAAAACAGUGAUAUUUGAGAAUCUGAGUCAGCACAUAGCAGACACUCACUUCAACGACCACCUUUACUGGUGUGAGCAGUGUGAUAUGCAGUUCUCCUCCAGCAGCGAGUUGUACCUGCACUUCCAGGAGCACAGCUGUGACGAGCAGUAUUUGUGUCAGUUCUGUGAGCACGAAACAAAUGAUCCAGAAGAUCUCCAUAGCCAUGUGGUGAACGAACACGCGUGUCGGCUGAUAGAGUUAAGCGACAGCUAUCAUAACAAGGAGCGCGGACAGUACAGUCUCAUAAACAAAAUCAGUUUUGACAAAUGCAAAAACUUCUUUGUGUGCCAAGUGUGCGGCUUUAGGAGCAGGCUGCAUACAAAUGUCAACAGGCACGUAGCGAUUGAACACACCAAAAUAUUCCCUCAUGUUUGUGAUGACUGUGGGAAGGGCUUUUCAGGUAUGUUGGAGUAUUGCAAGCAUUUAAGCUCUCAUUUAUCUGAAGGGAUUUAUUUGUGUCAGUACUGUGAAUAUUCAACAGGACAGAUUGAAGACCUUAAAACUCAUUUGGAUUUCAGGCACUCAGCAGACUUGCCUCAUAAAUGUACCGAUUGCUUAAUGAGGUUUGGAAAUGAAAAAGAUCUUUUAAGUCAUCUUCAGAUACAUGAGACGGCUUGAUUACUUUCAUUCCCUGUAAUCAAUUUGUUAGAAAUGGAAUUAAUCUCCAGUCACUAAAAGGUGAUAUUAAAUACGAUUUUAACAGCAAUUAUACAAUUCUAAUGUUUUUCUCUUUAUAUCAGCAAAGCAUGUAUAACAGCUUGGUGUUGUGAAUUUCCUUUCCUAGGGGUUUCAGUAGGAAUAAUCACAUUUACAGUGUGAUGGAUCCGAUUCUGGGGGGAGGGAUGGUGGGAGUAGUUGCAUGUUGUGAUAGCAGUUCUGAUGGUCACCCCGCGCUUUCACGUCUGAUGUACGAGAGCAGCUCUCAAGUUUAAAAAGGAAAAAGCCAACAUCUAGUUCCAUGCUGAAGUAAUGCCAUACUGAUCGAACUGUAUAUCCAGCUCGUGUUACCCUCUGUGGCAGCAGGUCAUGGCGCUGAUGUUUAGCGAAUUGCACCAGCCUGCCAAAGAUAAAGGUGUUCCAAAAAUUCCCAGGCAUGGACGUCUCCAAAUUCACAUACCAGCUUGCAUUUCCCACCGUGUAUGCUUGAUAAGCUUUUAAAAUUGUCCUUUUUUUCUCUUGGGAUACAUUCCAACCUCAUCGUUCAUUUUCUUUGUUCAGUGUUUAAUUUCAGCUCCUGUCUGUGGGACUGUCCAACAAUCUUCUCUUCCACGCAUUUACUACAGACCUCCCACAUGAUUUUUGUCUCCUUUAUUUACCUUCGGUUCCUAUCUUUUAAUGCACCAAGGAAACACAUACUACUUUUUUGUGGAUUGGGACACAUUUUAGGGAUAAUUGUAAGGGAAUUUGCAGAGUGAUCCAGCUGAAAAUGUACAAAGAGCGUUACUUUCGUAUCUGAAACCCUAAUUUAGCUCUCGCUGAAAUGAUGUAUGUCACCAGCCUCAUUUAGAGCAAGCUUCUAUUAGUUUAUAAUUAUAUUAUUAUAAGUCUGUAUAUUUAUAAUUAGCUUCCCACCGCUACUAAUUUGAGGACAGCUAUUUUAAUUCUCUAAAUUUCAAACUUCUCCUACAUGCUGGCUUAAAACUACUAAAAUGUUAUCACUUUCAAAUGAUUUCACACAUCUCUUCAGAUUAGUGCUGUCCUACCAUUAUAAUCGUUAGAAGUGAAUUUUUAUGAUUCAUUCUGUAUCUGUAUUUCUGAGUGGAUCCUUGAACAGAUAAAAAUAAGGGUGAGGUCAUUUAGAUUGUGAUAGUUACCAGGCUGAAAUUACCCAUAAAUUAGUGGUGGAGUGUACAUUUCUUUCUGCAUUGAUUGUAAAUUUGUAAUGUAAGAUUGUCUAAUGCAAGCUUUGUAUAGAUAUAAUUAGUGUAUAAAACAUUUCUUGAUCAGUGGGAUUUGGUGUUACCAGCUUCAAGGCAUGCAAGGGUCUUUGCAUUUGACUUUUAAAGUUAAGGAUCAAAAUUGGCUGAAUAUAGUCAACCAGUUAGCGUACAUUUCUUUGUAGGAGGCGAGACCAUUUUUGUGAUUUUGAAAUGCUGGUUUAAUACUAAAUCUUUUAUUGAAAAGGGCAACCUGAUGGUGUCCUGACUGCAUUUUAUUAGUCCGUUGUAUAGAGAAUGAAUGUCUGUAGUAGAACCGCUGGUUUCCUAUUUUGAAAACAUUCAUCCUGGCUGGCUUAAAAUGGUAGCAAUGAUAUAGUUAACAAAGCACUAAUAAGAGUCAUUUUAUAUAUGUAAAGUUAAUUUUGCUCAUAUGGGUAUAACUGAGAGGGGGGAAUGCUGGUUUUCUUAAAACCCUUGGUGACGACACGCAGGUGGAACGGCACAGCUGAGCUCUGGAGAGAAAGCUGUUCCAGGGGACAGUGACAAGAGGUGGAAAAAGGACAUUCAAAAGAACCCCAAAAAAUAAGUAAGUGGGCUUAAGAAGUGUGUAUGUUUGUGUAGAACAGCAUUGUGUCCUGUACAGGGAAGCUGGUCUCCUGUCAAAGCACGGAGCCCUGUGAUACAGAAAACUUGCUUGUUGACUCCUGAAAGCCUUUGUCUCGCUUUGACUUGUGUUAUUUCUGAUCUCUAAACCGGGAAUGAAAAGAAUACCCCGUAGGAAUGUUAUGAAGCCAAAUAAUUUCUAACUAAAAUGUGCCCCAUGGUGACCCUAAUGAGGAAUAUAUUCCAGUUUGGCUUAGGUUGGAUUUUAUAAAUAAGGGACUAAUGUUAGUAUUUUCGUUUUAGUAUCCAUCAGAAAGUAAAUGGAAAUGUACAGGAGUAGCUGUUCUCAUUUUGCCUUAGCAGGAACACAAGUAGGAUAUUGGCGUCCACAUGAUGAGCAUGCUGAAACAAGUAAGGUAUUAAGUAGUAGAAAAAAAUAGGUAAUGAGUGGAGCCUGUCUAGAAGUUGGAAGGCCUCAAGGAAUGACUGCGUGCGUCAAGGACAGUGUGUUGUUCCCAUUGAAGGAAGAGAAGAGUUUGGUUUAUUUACGUGAAGCGUGUACGGGGAAGGUCAGUGCACUGACAUUGCUGCUCCGAGGUGAACUGGGAGAGAGCACGUGAAUGCAGCUGCUCCGACACUGCCAGAGACUUCAGUCGCCUUUUAACCCUGUCGCUGGAGCAAGUCAUCUGUCUGGAACGAGAGGAAGGAUCUGUAUUCAUUGAACUAUGCCAAUAUUACUUAUUUUUUUUUUCACCAAGACAAUAAGUGUAUCAAACUCAUUUACUCAUUACACAGAUACCUGCAAGGAUCGUCUGCUUCAGGAACACUAACUAGAAGCUACCCAAAAUCACGAGAUAGGUUUGGGAAGUAUUUUGUAUUUGGGAGCAAUUUGUAUUUGAUUCUUUGCUUUUCAGACUCCCCCCGAGCCUUUUGGAUAGAUGCGCGUCAUGUAUUUCAGCUUUUUUUUAUAUGAAUGACUUUGUUGUCUUAAGAACAAAAUUAUUGCAAGAACUUAAAAUGCAACGGGUUAGUAAUUCUCAAAUAGUGUGUUCUCUGUAAUGCUUAUUAAGUGUCACUGAUUUUCAUUGUCCACGGUUGUCCUCAUUUUCCUACGCUCUUUCACGGUGCUGUAUCAAACCUAUAAACUAUUUGGUGCUUUUGAA